GUCCUGCACACAAGCCUUCCAACUGCACAAGACUUGUGACUUUCUUAGAUAUUUUCCCAGUCAUCCUUCACACAAAGGCUGUUUUAUUUCUCACUGCACCUGACACACCUGAGGGUGGUGGCAACAUGGCAGGCGGCAUGGCUCUGGUCUCCUGUGUGGCGGCUCUGACUGCAUGGAUCAUCACUGCAGAUGCCAAGGAGUUAUCCAUCACCACUAUAAAGGAGGACCCCUACACCAUGAGCAGAGGCUCCGAGCUGGAGGGCUACUGCAUCGAUCUCAUCUCUGAGCUCUCCAAGAAGCUGGGCUUCACCUACAAACUGCACCUGGUGAAAGACAGCAAAUAUGGAACCAUGGACCCCAGCGGCAACUGGAACGGCAUGAUUGGUGAAGUCAUCAGGGGGGAGGCUGACCUGGCCGUGGCCCCGCUGACCCUCACUGCAGUCAGAGAGCAGUAUGUGGACAUGAGCACCCCCUUUAUGCAGACAGGAAUCGGCUUCAUCCUGCGUAAAGACGCAGAGGAGAGCAGCUUCAGCCUGCUGUCACCUUUCUCCACGGACAUGUGGGUGGGCAUCCUCGUGGCGUUCCUGCUGACUGGGCUCUGCAUUUUCCUGGUGGGCAGGAUCAGUCCCACUGAAUGGGCGGAGCCGCACACAGAGGAACACAGCUUCACUCUGCUGCACAGCUUCUGGUACAUCACAGGAGCGCUCACCCUGCAAGGUGCCGGUCCUCACCCCAAAGCCCUAUCUGGACGUCUGGUCAGCGCCAUCUGGUGGCUGUUUGCUGUGCUGCUCCUGGCCAGCUACUUCAGCAACUUCAGCUCCAUGCUGCACUCCAACCACAAACACGUCUCCAUCGAGAGUUUCGAGGACCUUGCCAACCAGGAUGUGAUUGACUAUGGCACCUUGGAGGCUGGAUCCACCAUGCUCUUCUUUAAGCAUUCCACCAACCCUCUGCACCAGCGUAUCUACCAGCACAUGGAGCGUAAGAAGAGCUUCGUUUCCAGCACUCAGGAGGGCGUUCGCCGCUCCCAGGAGGGGAACUUUGCCUUCAUCGGUGAAGCUGUGUCCUUGGACUUGGCAGUAGCUCGCUAUUGCAAUCUGUGCCGUUCACAGGAAGUCAUCGCUAUGAGAGCCUACAGCAUCGCAGCACCUCUGGGUUCCCCGCUGAUCAAAAACCUAACCAGGGCCAUUCUGACCCUCAGUGAGUCCGGCAGGCUGACGUAUCUGCGGGACAAGUGGUGGGCCAGCAGCUGCCCGGGCGCUGAUGGGGCUCAUACCUCUAAGGCCCUGCACGCCCACGACCUGCAGGGCCUCUUCCUCCUUCUGGGCCUGGGGCUGGCUGUCGGGCUCCUGCUAGCCCUGUUGGAGCUCUUAUCCAGGGCCCGCAACCAAGCGAAGGAUGGCAAGAAGUCUUGCUGCUCAGUGCUGACAUCAGAGCUAAACCAGCGAUUUAGCAGCAAAGGAGAGAGUUCUGAGCAAGACGGGCCGGACAAAAGCAAAGCCUAAGGGAAAUAUUUACAUGUUAGCUUUUGAAAAGAUAGAAAAUACUGAGAGCCUCCGCCCCGUUUCAUCAAACACACUAACUUUCUGUCUUUCCGUAGUUACAGCAUGUGUUGUAUGGUCGGUCAGUGUGUUUCGUACUCUUCUUGGAGGCAAAUUUGCGAAUCCUAGAACAGAGAUAGAAUGGCCCGCCUUACUCUGCUUUACUCUGCCUCUGAUUAGCUUACCCUGGCAUUCCCAUCCUAACCCUAACCAAUCCACUCCCCUUACCUGUACCUAACAAAUCCAACAAAGGAGGGUAAUAAUUAGGAGCUAAUAGCAUGGAGAGUAGGGUGCGACGUUCCAUCACUAUCCUCAGACUUGCAAAUUUACUUUCAGGAAAGUUUAGUGACCACAUUGGACACAUCAACUAGUAGCUACAGGGUAUUAAGUGUCAGACUGAGAGACCUAGAGCAUCAAACUGAAAAAAAUUACUCUGACUAAUUUCCUGUAUAGUGUUGUUGGUAGUGUUAUGUUAUCAGACAUCCUCAUCCCACCCCCUACUACUUACAUUAUAUUUCUUGUUGAACUGUUAUAGUUGCUAUUUUCUUGUGCUUUCCAAAUAAAUUACCCAAUAUCCCAA